UCAACAUAACGUCCACCGUCAUGAGACCGGACAGCCUGGUGGAUCCUGUGAGCAGUGCGCGUGUCCAAGGCGAUAAGUUGCCAGUAACGCUUAUUUUAUUGUAUUUUUAUUUGAACGAGAAAAACAGAGUCACAUCGUUAUGAAGCGGACGGAUUUUCCAGCAGGAGACCCGCCUGAGGGUAAAUGGGCGUGACAACAGCCGCACAACAAAAACAUCACAACAAAAACAACGGAUCUGCUUCCGGUUUCUGGAUGUAGCUGUCAGACUCCAGCAUCUUUUUUAAACGGGAAAUCGCUUUAUCAGCGGGUCGGUAGCGUCAUUGAGCUAUUGUUGAUUAAUAAUAGUUCAUUUUGUCGUUGUUUUUGAAACUGUCAGCAACCGAAUACAGAGUGGAAACAGUAGGCUGUCACAGUUUAGCCUCCGUUACGCAUUAGUAUGAGCGAAGGAGACGUGUUUCACGAGAAGCAACGAUUGGAGCUGUGCGCGAUUCACGCGCUCAACAACGUGCUCCAGGAGCGGGUGUUCACCAAGGAGACAGCCGAUGACAUCUGCAAACGGCUGGCUCCACAGUGUGUGGUGAACCCUCAUCGCUCAGUGCUAGGCACAGGAAAUUAUGAUGUCAACGUCAUCAUGGCGGCACUACAGAGCAGGGAAAUGGCUGCGGUGUGGUGGGACAAACGCAGGAUGGUUCAGAGCCUUUGCAUGUCGAAAGUCCAGGGUUUUAUUCUCAAUGUUCCAUCACGGGUAUCUCUGGGGAUCGUGUCCCUCCCACUCCGACGGCGGCACUGGCUCGCGGUUCGGCAAGUUAAUGGACAGUACUACAACCUCGACUCCAAACUGAAGAGCCCUGUCUGUAUUGGGGGGGAAGCAGAACUACGCACAUUUCUCAGUGAACAGCUUUCUCAGGACGUGGCAGAGAUGCUCCUGGUUGUCCGGCGGGACGUAGAGGAGGACGGUUCAUGGCUAAACCCUGACAACCCCAAGAAGUGAUGCCUUGGGACAGGACAUACCUUUUUACAUAGCAUGAAAAAAAACCUCCUCUGGGAAAAUGACAGACUUCUUUCUUUUUUUAAACAAACACCUCAUUAGAAAACUCUUCAGGGAAUGCACUAAAAUAUCUACACACAGAGGAAAUUCCAAAGAGAAGCAGAGACGGGUGUUUACUCCUGAAAUGAAGAACUGUUUUGAUUGUAUCAGCUGUUGCUCCAAUAUGACCAAUGUAUCUGCGUUGUCCUGCGCUUGGUACCCUUGUUUUAACACUGGGAAGGUGCAUCUAAGCUAACAAAGUUUCAGGCAAAUGUGGGCUAGUUAGAUGAUACUUGAGUUGUGACAUAUGACUGAACUUUUAUUGUUUUGUGGUAGGACAAUUGCCGCGCUUGUGCAUGAAAAACCAUCUGCAAUAAGGCCUAUUUUGAUUACUAAAAACAUCACCAAGAUGAAAAUGGUUCAGUUGAAUUUGCCACGUCAGAUAUCAUUGUCCCAGACUUUUACGAUCGAGUUGCCAAAAUUAGAUCGGUGUGGACUGUACGUACAAGAUGUCAUGUCAAAAUUGAUCAGUUAUCAAGCAGCACCAUCUCUUCCCAUAAGUUGUAAACCUAUGCACUGCAGAUUUGUUAGCACUGUUUGUCUUUGUGUGUGUCCAUACAGGCACAGGUACUGUGAAGGUAUCACCUGGUGAGGCGUUGAAGGCCUACCAGUGUCUUUGCAUGUUUUCGUCCAUUUAAUACGUUUUUUCAUAGCGUGCUGUGGUUUUUAGAUUUUUAAAAGUGUUUUAUCCUCCAGGCAGCCUGUUUUCCUUUGAUUUAGCUUUAGUAUAAAAAAAUCUACUUGCAGAGAUUUGAGAUGUGGUUGAGAUAAAUAAUCCAUCACAAUGAACAUUGUGAACCUCCUUUUGUUUUCGCUAUUGAUGUGUGAUAAGAAUGCAGCUGAAUCCACUCAGUCAUGAAGCUUUGACAAAAUAAAAGCACACAUGACUUGGAUUACGAUGGAUUAUCCAUCUCAACCAGGUUUCAAGUCUCUACAGGUUGAGUUUCACAUGGCAGCAUGGAAGUUAGGAAGAUCACUUUAUUUUAUAUCUAAGAGGAAAGGUUGCAGGAACAUAAAGUACACUAUUCUUGAUUAGUUGUAAAUGAGUCAAACAUGCAAAAACACUGGUUCGGUGACUGUAUGUAACCUUUAUGUUUGUAUUUUGCCUCUCCUAUUGAUCUAUGCAUAUCCAACAGAAUAGGAGGACUCUCCGUGGUACACACUAGUGAUUAACUUACACAUAAACCUAAGCUCAGAGGUUCAUAAUAUUGAAGCUUAUUUAUAUUAAACUUUGACCUCCUGUUUUAAGUAUGAA